UUUAAUUAACUCAGAAUUAACACUUAAACUUAACAAUUAAAAAAUAAAAAUCACUCCUCCUCCCCACCGCCAGCCACCACUGAUCCAUCCCCUUCCUCGGCAGCGUCUGCCCCUCCGGCGAUCCUUAGCCGGCGCCUCAACCCUUCACCUGCGCCAGCGACCUUAAUUCCGGCAUCCCCAACCCUCCCCCUCCCCCUCCCUCAACCUCAUCUCAAAAUCAACAACACUCACAAAACUCCAAACAAUUCCAUGCUCAAAUCAUUCUCAACGUUUUCAAUUCCGACGUUAUUACAAUCACUAAGCUCACUCAAAAACUCUGCGACAUUGGAUCCAUUCACCAUGCUAGUCUUCUUGUUUAUUCAACUCCAACCCCAGAUCUUUCCCUCUACAAUUCCGACGUUACAUCUUGGGACUUGAGUCACCAAGUUUUGUCCUACGAGGACGGUCUAACAAUAAAUAAUUAUAAAUUUUAACCUUUCCCUUUUUUGUCAAAUGCAUUGUCGUUUUGCUUCUAACAAAAUACUCCUCCAAUACGUAAUUAAUCCAGUAUACUUAAUCAAGAAAAACCAACAGAGUGUAAAAGAUAACUGCAAAAACAAACCAACAACAAUUCAAUUCAACAGAUCAAAGCUUACAUCGGAGGAGAGAGAAAACCAUCGACUACUUUCUGUUCUUCAUCAACCCUUUUUAAUUCUCACUAAAAUGACUGAUGGCCGCUGCAGAAGCAAGAGCAGCUUGGCAAAGAACAGCUAACCGUUACUUUGUCCAAGAAGAUGCUAAAAGAGCUCCCAAAUUAGCUUGUUGUCAAUCUUCAAACUCAUCUUCAAAACUAGUCGAUGCAGGACCAGCUAAUGCUACUGAUGCCCCGGAUCAUCGAACUGUAGGUCAUAUGCCUUUCGAUAGGACACCUUCAUAUAGUAAUUUGCCUCCUGAUGCAAAAUGGUGGCUUCAAAUGCAACCAAAUAAUGGGCAUCACACGGGCCUUAACUUUCAGCAUUUUCAUUCUAGGACAGCUGAUGAGGAAACCUCUUCACCUGUUACUAUGAGGACAGAUUUUCCAGUCAGAGAGAUUGCAACUAUGGAUGAUGAAAGUAUACAGAAUGUUGUUUACAAGGACCUGGAGUCUUUUUUCGACGCGAAGAAAAAUCCUGAAUCAUUAUUGGAUGAAUUGAAUGCUGUUGAUAGUUAUAAGGUGGAUCAAGAUUAUCUUGAUGUAAAGAACAUGACAGACUACUAUGAGUUUCUGGAAAUGGAGAUGGUUGGUAGCUCCGUUUCUAAACAAAUCAGUGACUUAUCUUCAAACACAGAUUCUUCUUGGAUUGGUGGCGAGAAGGUUCCUUGGUGGCGUGUUUCAGAUGGGGAGGAAUUAGCCUCGUUUGUGGCGCAUAAAUCACUUCAUCAUGUUGAGAAUUGUGAUCUUCCUCCCCCUCAAAAAACGCAUGUGAGAAGAGAGCUUUCUAAACACGCCAAAUCUUUUGACCAAGAUGAGAUUUAUAUGUCCUCUUUAGAGUGUGAGGCUCGUAGUGAUGCCAUUUCCAGUCCAUCUUCUGGCAGGUCACAGAAAAUAGAUUGGUCUGCAGUACAAGGAAAACUAUCCCAGAAUGAAAACAAUGCUUCUGGACCUAACAGAACAAGUAGUGAUAUACCAGAAGAGGGAAGGAUUUUUGAUAACGACCCUUGCAAAGCUAAGCUAUUGGAAGCACUUUGCCAUUCUCAAACUCGGGCAAGGGAAGCAGAGAAGGCGGCAAAACAAGCAUACACUGAGAAAGAACACAUUCUCAAGCUUUUUUUCCGACAAGCUUCCCAGCUCUUUGCUUACAAGCAGUGGUUCAAAAUUCUACAAUUGGAGAACCACCUCCUACAGACCGAGGGUGAGUCGUCACCUCCCACAGGAUUCCCUGAUUUACUUCCUUGGAUACCCUACAAUCCCCGAAAAAAACUGCAUAAAAGCUGGCAGAAGGCAAAGCGGCGUAGGAGAGGCUCACAAGAAAACGACAUUGGUAGAUACGCUGUUGCAUUUGCUGUAGGCUUCACUCUUGUUGGCGCUGGGCUGAUUCUGGGAUGGACAGUUGGUUGGUUGCUACCUGCAUUUUAGGUGAGUAAACCUUGUUUUGAAGGUUGAAGAAGCAGAGCAGUAAGAUUAGGUUUCUUUUGGUAUUACACUGGAAAUUUGCUUAGGUUUUUAGCAGUUUGGAGAGUUUCCUUAUGAUGGAUCGCUCUGAGGUCGUGUAUGUAUUUAGUCGUAUGUGUCAUGUAUAUAUGUAAAUAUUGAAUGUUAAAACAGACACUCUGUAACAGCUUUCUUCAUUUAAGGUAUGUAAAUUUUCUUCAUUA